AGUGUUUUAAGAUAAAAAGUCAUCUAUCAUAACCAUAAACAAAAAGACAGCUCUUUUUAUAAUUUUUAAUAAAUGUAUAUUUUUUAAAUUAAAAUUACUUUAACUUAUGAAUUUUUAAUAUGAUUAUUCUACAUAUGCCAAUAUGCUAAUUGAAGAAUGUGCAUCUAUUCUCCAAUGGCAUCCAGAAAUAAUACUUACUUCGACUUCACCAGUAUCAUGGCAAGGCUAUCUAAUAAUCGCAUGUCCUUUGAAUACUAUAGAAAAACGGAAAAUUAAACUGAAACUAACUUUACCAAAUUAUCCAGUGUUACACAAUGCAGUGCUUAAUUUUGGUAAAAGUUUCGCUUUUUUACGGAAGAGAACAUUUAUUAAAAGUGUAAACGAUUUGAUUAAAAGGGCUUCCUCAGUAUCAUCUUUUUUAAGAUUACUACAAUCACUUAUUAGUGAAUCUAUUGGUAAAUUAAAUGAAGAAUAUAAUGUACCAAUUGAUCUAUCACCGACUGCCAUACUUCAAGAUUUAAAAGAUAUCUUUGAAUCUCAGUCUGAUAUUAAACUAUCAUCUAAUAGUUCAUUAAAUAUAAUAAAGUUAUCAUUAAGGAACAUUCAUAUUGUAUUAAAAAAAACUAAUGAUAAUAUUAAUCCAUGGAAUGUUAUAUCCAAUGAUUUACCCGAAAUACCUGUAUUAGGAUCUUUUAACCAGAAAAUAUCUUCCAUAACUACUGUAAUAAAUAAAUUUAAGCAACAAGUAGAAAUAUUUGAUAAUUUAUGGGAAGUUCUUUCAGAAAUUGAUAGAAAUUGCUGUAUAUUAGAUCCAAUUCCUCCAAAGCCAUAUCAUUUAUAUAGACGUAUAUAUUUAUCACAAUCACUGUCCAUGCUAAUUACAAUAAACCCUCUAAAUCCUACUUCACUUCCAGAACUCAAAUUUUUAGGUAGUGAUGUAGAUGUACAAAGACAAAAAGAUAUUAUUUCUGAGAAUAUGCAUACAUGGAAUUCAGAAAAUGGCAUAUUAGAAAAUUUAUUCAUUUUGUUAAAUAUAUCUAAAUUCCCUCAAAAACAAGAACAAUGUGAUAGCAUUGAUGAUAAAAAUUGUAUGUUUAUGGAUGAAGAAUGUUGUAUUUGUUUCUCCUUGAAAUCAGAUAAGGAACAGUUUCCAAAUAAAAUUUGCGAUAAUAUUAAAUGUAGAAGACACUUUCAUACAGAAUGUUUGUUACAGUGGUUACAAGCAGUAGCUGGAAACCAAGUUGCAUUUGGUCACAUACAUGGUGCCUGUCCUCAUUGUGAAGAAAAUAUAUCCUGUCCUAUUAAUUGAUUUAAUAAUUAAUCACAAUCAAUCAAAAUAAUAAAAAUAAAUCUUUUU